AUGGUUAUAUUACACGAUGAUCGCUAUUACGAGAGUCGAAUACCUGCGCCUGAUUUAGGUACUUUCAAAAAUUUUCUGCGGUUUAUCUGGAAUAAAGAUCGAAAAGCAUUUCUCGAUAGAACAGCAAAAGAAUGGGUACAGUUAAUAGUAUUCUAUAUCUGUUUCUUCAUCGUGUUGGGAGCAAUAUUUGCGAUACAAAUGGCGAUCUCUGUAAAUUAUGUUUCUCAGUUAAACAAACCACAUUUUCAAUAUUUUGAUUUAUCUAUGAGGUCUAUGCUUGGGACAGAUUUUGCACUAUUCCGAUCACCUACGAAAUUUGGUAGUCCAGGAAUUUCGUUUAAGCCGGGGAGCAUUUCGUCAGUUUCGCCUAUCAUAUCAAUAAGUCACGUUGUCGAUAGUGCCAGGCCAAAAAGACAUGUUCGAGCCUUGACCACUUUUCUGAAAGAGUACAAUAAAAAUGUAUCGAAAUACGAUGUCAAUUGUCAAGAUGACAAUUUCCAAUCGAAUCAUCCGCACAAGCCGUGUUAUUUCAACAUAGAAAGUCUCGGAGCUUGUAGCAAGUAUCCAUAUGGAUAUUCAAACCCGUUGCAACCUUGUGUUCUUGUGAAAUUUAAUAAACGAUUCGAUUGGGUGCCCGAUUGUUAUAAUCAAUCUUCUAGUUUGCCAGAAAAUAUACCAGACAGUUUGAAAAAGGCAAUACAAAAGUCGGAGAAGUUUUACAUUUGGUUAUCGUGCAACGGAGCGAACAAUGUCGAUAAAGAACAUAUUGGAGAAAUAGAAUAUAUUCCAAGCCCUGGAUUUCCAAUUGAAUAUUUCCCAUUCACUGGCCAGCCAGAUUAUCUUUCGCCCAUUGUUGCAUUACAUUUCAAAAGUUUGACACCAUAUAGACUGAUUACGGUUGAAUGUAAUUUAUGGGCUUUCAAUAUCGAACAGCGAUCUCGUUACUCGUUAGAAUUUCAAAUAAUAAUAGAACUUGACUUCAUUAAAAGUCCAGUAUUAUCAAUGCCCAACACAUUGCACGAUGUAAUUCACGAUGUAAAGAAGGUCUGUUCUACAAAGUAUUAA